CAUAUUGAGUAAAGUGUUGACUGAUGCGGUGCAGGUGUUUACGCGGUAGUUAAUGCAAUUUGUAGAAAAUUAAAAAGAACGUAUCAGUUGUAUUUUUAACCGGGAAAUAAAUCCGGUUGAUAUUUUAUUGUGUUAUUGUUCUAUUAGAUUAAUUGUAAUAAUGAGCGGUAGUGACGUCAAGGAAGAACAGUGUGAAAGAGCUAAAGAAAGAAACAUUGCAUCAAUGAACGAAGAUACUCUUACAAAUUCCAAUUGUACGCACAAUGAUCCCCAAUAUUUUUUCAAUGAUGAUUAUUUGCGAUUGGGGACUGAUGUAGCAGGUAAUAUCAAUGGGUUAGAGGAAGAGGUGGAGGUGGUGGAGGAAGAGGAAGAAAAGGAAACGAUUACAUCUACCAAUGUAACUGAUUACGUUCCUGUUAUGAACGUGAAUGUUAACGAGAGUGAGGUUGAUACUUCAGACAGCGAGACGGUGUAUUCGGAGAAUAUGGAAUCUAAUAUCGUAGCAACCAACUCCGUUAUAUCUUCUCAUAAUAUUUCUAAUAAAUCUUUAUCGGUUCAUAGUCCUUCGAGAGGAAUUAGAGAAUCUUGCUCAUGUGAUGUUUCUAAAGCUAACAGAGAAUUGCAAGAAAUCGAUGGGCAACUAACUGCACUUAUCGAACAAGGGAAAUUGAGUACAUCUGAUAUAGAUGAUAGAUCUUUGAGUCCUACUUCAGAUCUUACCUUAGAUUCGCAUAAUAUUUUUCAAUGUCUCGAGAUAGUUCAAAUUUUAUUGGGUGACUGGAGCGAAGCUCGUCAAAAAAAGUUACAUGAUAUUGCAACGGAAUUUACCGGGGGACAAUUAAUUCCUAAUAAAAGUGAUACUACUGACUCUUUGGCUUACGCGCAUGCAUCAAAUGACUUAGUAGAACAAUUUGCGAUUAAAAGAGUCAGGAGUCACGAUAAAGAUGUAUCUAUAGAAGAUAAUAUUGAUGAAGAAGAAAAUGAUUGUGCGUGUCAAGAAUGUAUAAUACCUUUAAAAACUUCAUUAAGUGAAAAUGAUCAUAUUGGUGUUGCAAGUAUUGAAUCAUCAAUGGAUAAUGUGAAUUUUUUACCCAUCAUCUCUAAUGGAUUGAUGAAACAUUUUAUUAACUUUAGUUCUACUAAUAAUACUAUUACUGAAGUUCAAUUAAAGAGAUUAUUGGAUGAGAUCAAAGGUACGAUUGAUCUUAAAGAAGAUAAAGAUACUGUUUCAAAGAACGUAGAGGAAAAUAUAAUAGAUACGCAGACAUCUGUACCACAACCUUGUCAAUGCGUCUAUUUACAUGCAAAAGAAAUAGCUGACAGGAAGAAAGAAACAAUAGAAGAACCUCCUUGUCCUUGUAUUUUAAAUUCAAGAAGAAAAUGGGAUACUUGCCCGUGUUUGACAAAAAUUUUAGAGGAGCAUGCGGUUAAUAAUACUAACGCUCAUCCUAAGGAAAUAUCCAAUCCAGUUGCAGUUAAUUGUAAUCAAGAGUUAACUAAACCUGUCAUAAAAACAGGAUCAACACAAUCGACGCAAACACAAACAAGGCAUUCCACAACACAAACAUCUAAUUCAAAUCAUAAUCGCAUAACAUUUCCAAGUACCACUACUACCACUACCACUACAACUACUACAACAACCCAUCCAUAUACUCACAGAUCUGCUUCGGAUAUAACAAAAAGUACAGCGUCUUCGCACAAACUUCAUAAUCACAACAAUCAUAAUUCACAUGCUUGCCAUAAACAAACAAAUGUCGAGCAGAUCAAAAGGGUAUCAUGUAACGACUUAAGUUCGGGAGAUGGUGAUUGUUCUGAUUCUGCAAGUAGUCAAGAAGAUUCUUCUUCGACUAGUAGCUCAGCGCAAAGAGGAGAUUCUAGUAGACAUUGUGAUUGUUGUUAUUGCGAAGUUUUUGGUCACGGAGUUCCUUCUGUAGCACCAGUUAGUAGAAAUUAUAACGAAAUGAGGGAACGACUAAGACAAAUAUUAACAAAGAAAAAAGCUAAAAAAUGUAAAGCUACUUACAAUACUCCAAAAAGUAUUGGGGAUGUAGCAUUGCCACUUUCCAACGUCAAUCAAGAAAAUAAACCAAUUAUUAACAAUUUGACAUUGAGAUCAAAUACUUCGGUUCCAAGAACGUGUCCUAAAGAUUUGAGGGAUCAAAGAAAUUUAGAAGAAUUGUUGGACUUUAUUGAAGGUAAUCAAAAUGGGAAAAAGGAUAAUAACAAGAAAGCUGAGAAAAAGGCUAGGCAGAAGCAACGUAAGUUGCAAGAGAAAAUCAAGAAGGAAAGGCAAGAAAUAGAAAAGCAGAGAUUAAUUGAAUUGCAAAAGAAAGCACCAGAAGUAACAAUCACAGUUGUUGAUUCGGAAAAACCUGAGAGUCAAAGAUUUUUACCGCAGUGUAAACUUCCCGAAGUAUCAAUUUUGCCUACUGAUAAUCCAGGCACUUUACCAAAUGGAAAACAUUUAACAAAUAAGAAAAAGGAUAAGCAAGAAAUGUGCAAUAUUAAUAUGACUAAUUGCAUUAAUACCAAAAUAAAGAUGGCACCUACCGUAAUUGCAAAUUUAAAAAUGAAAAGUAUGAUGAAUAUAGGUAAUAAAUUAGAACAAAUCAAUCAUCAUCAUCAUCAAACAAAUAAGAUGGAUAUAAAAAAUGACAAAAUUGAAUUUAGCAAUAAAGCUUUUAAAGGAAUAACAAAUGUUAAUGCAACAAAUACAAAAGACAAUGCCAAUAGUCUAGCUGAUAAAUUAGCAGCAAUGGAUUUAGGAGACAAACAAUUGACUAAGAAAGAAAGRAAAAAAUUACGAAGACAAAUUAGAAAGCAAGAAUUAGCUAAAGUGAAUGCAACGGUUGAGUCAGAACCUGUUAAAAAUAAACCACAAAUAGUUACGAUUAAAAGAAUAAUGGAAUCGAAUAGUGCAGAACCGACAGUAACGAUAACGUUAAAAGGACAAACUCCUGCAGAAGAUAAAGUUUUAUUUACUUUAGUGAAUGGACAAACGAAGGAAGCACCUUUGCAUAAAUCUGACCAAGAACAAAAUGUAUGUAAUAAUAGUAAUAAUAAUAGUAAUAAUAAUAGUAAUAAUAAUAAUAAUAGUAAUAAUAAAAAGAAAAAGAAUAAAGGAUCUAAUAAUACAGAAACGAUACAAAGUAACAAAUUUCAACAAACAAGUACAAAACAACAACAACAACAACAACAGCAAGUUAAAGUGUGUGACGCAAAGCAUACAAAGUAUCAAAAUAACAACGAAAAGAUAAAAGGUAUUAAACAAAACGAUGAAAGAAAAACGCAACAGCAAAACGUUAACGAAGUUAAAAGUAUGAAAUCUAAGAAAGAUAAAAAGAAUUCUGAAACCAAAGAAAAUGUCAUGCAACAGCAACAGAAUGUAUCGAGUAGAAGUAAAAAUUUACAACAAAAUACUCAAUCUAAGAAAGCAAAUAAAUCUAAUAAUGUAUUGCAAACGGAUAUGUAUAAAUCUAACAUUACUUUAGAACCAGUUACAAAGACAAAGAAUCAACAAGACAAAUCUAACGACGGGAAUAGUAAUAAAAAUAAGAAACUUGUAAAUAUAACUAAUACAAACAAACCAGUAAAGAAUGAUCAACAGAAGGUUCCAAUUAAAGGAAAUAAUAAUAAUAAUAAUAAUAAUAAUAAUAAUAGCAGUAAUAUGAUCAAACAAGGAUCAUUCUCAACGAUACCUUCUACAUCGGAUGAUAUUAUAAAUAUGACACUGAGUUCGCAGUUUCGAGACGUUAGUUUAAAUUCAAAAAUCAAUAUAGAAAAUCUGAAAUUACCACCGGGUAUUACGAUAACAAAAGUUGACGGUCCCAUUAAACCAUUUCCAUUAAAAUCAACAACUUUGCCUAAGCCAGUUAGUCCACCAAAGCAAACAACUAUCAUAGCUGCUCCGAUGAGUGGAGUUCAGUCUAGUUAUGCCAGUCCUCAAGCUGGUGGCAAUGUCAUUGUAGUAGACACUGGAAAACUUAAACAAGAUCUUCUUCCAAAACCAAAUGAAAUAGAAUUAUCAAGAGAUAUUCGUCAAAAUCAAACAAUAACGAGAAAGAAGAAGAAAAAGAAAAAUAAGAACUCUACGAACGUGAGCAAUUUGAUGCAGAAUGCAAUUAAGAAUACAGAGUGUACUACUAACAUCGAGAAUAUGGAAGAUUCAGCAAGAAUCCUUCACAAUCCCAAUACAAACAUGGUGACGAUAAGGAAUCCUGCAUUUGGUCCGAUGAAAGUCCCACCAACACAACAAGCAGCUAUAAUCAAAGUUUCUGAAAAUGGUAUGGUAACUAUAAGAAGUCCAGCACUUCAACAAGCAAUCAAUGCGGGUUUGGCAACACCUUCCAAACCAGAUUACAUAGUGAAAGGUGAUGUACCAUCAAAUGCCGCGACGUUGGACGCAAUUAAUGUAAAUGUAAAACGUAAUCCAAAUGAAAUGAUACCAAGUACUCUUGCCGAAUUGCGAUCAAGAUUAACGCCAGAUUGUCCUAGUUUGGCUGGUCUUGCAAACAUUCAAAUAAGCAAAGUGGCCAAAGGUCAACCAAUUCCAGAGAAUGGAAUUAAUCUGAAAGGUACUAGCGUAACGUUAACUAAGGUGAGAACGGAUACAAAUGUUGAAGAUGUUCAUCAAACCAAAGCAGCUGCAGUAAGAGAUGCUAUCAACGCUUCUAUAACAGCUUCCUCGACUAGCGGCAAGGGAAAGAAAAAGAAAAAGCGUGGAAACUGUACGAGGCAGUGCGGAGAUGACUGGAACCUCGUUGAGAGCGUAUUCACACCUAAAGAUAUAGACCUUGAGGAUGGGGAGAUGGAUGAUGCUGAACGUGAAUUAGAAGCAUUCAAGAGGUUCUGUCUUCAAUCUGUACCACCCCCACGAAAGGAGAAGGUCAAUCUCAACCUAAAGGACAUCGUUCUUAAGAAGAAAUCCUCAUCCUCAGCGACAGCUGCUGUUAUUGCUGCUAAUUGAUUUGUUCGUUAGUUUUUAGUAUUACGAAAAAUCUAAAGGAAGGAAAGAAGCAUGAUUUAUAUAAUUAUACAUAUAAUGUAUGAAAAAAAAAAAAAAUACUGCCAGAACAAAAAAAAGAAAAAUAAUUGACACGUUUGAAAAUGCGUGCGAAUAAUACGUGUAUGUUGUAAAAAAAAAAAAAAAGAAAAGCGUUGUUUAUAUGAUAAAUAAUAUAUAAUGCGAUUGAACAACGUUAAUAAUUAAAUGAUAAUUAGAGGACAUCGUCAUCUUUGCCGUCAUUGUCUCAGUCAUUAUAACUAUCAUCAUUAUCAUUAUUGUUAAAAUCAUCAUCUUAUUGACGCUAAGUUAAACUUUGUAUUUUCAAACAAGAUACAUGAAUGUAAUGAUAUUUAUAUUUAAGACGGUUUCAAGAAUACGGAUAGACGAUUUAGAUGAAGAAGUAGAACAAAUAGUUAAUUAGAUAUAUAGUUAUAUAGAUAGAUAGAUAGUUAGUUAGUUAGUUAGUUAGUUAGUUAGUUAGU